GGCAGAAAGUGCAUGUGAAAUUUUCUCUAAAAAAAUAUUUCGGUUUCCUUCCUCGUCGCCAGAGAAAGAAUUGACACGCCCGCCAAAUAAGUGAAUCAAUCAAACCCAACGCCGCAACUGUAAUAUAUAACUGAAUUUAUAAAAUCUCAAAAACCCAAAAAAAAAAAAAGAAUAUUACUCUGAAAGCAACCAGAGCUCAGCGCAAAAAAGUCCACUCUCUCUCUCUAAACUUCUCUAAACAUUUUCCGAUGUCCACCGUAACCGUCGCCAAAUCCCCCUAACACGCCGUUAGGUCUGUGAACUCUGGGUUUUUUCCCUUUCUUUUUUUUUUUUUUUUUAUAAAUUACCAUUGUUUUCUGUACCGUAAAUGGCGGAGGAGAACGACGCCGUUUUCAAGAACUUCCGAGCUCUUGUCGAGAGCGCCGACCAUAAAUUCGCACGAGUUCGGGACUUCCCGUCAUACGGACGAGCACAAGGCCAACACUACUUCCAGAAAGUGUUCAAAGCGUACAUGCGGUUAUGGAAGCACCAGCAAGAGCACCGAACUGAGCUUGUCAAAUCCGGUCUGAACCGGUGGGAGAUAGGCGAGAUCGCCAGUCGGAUCGGCCAGCUGUAUUUCGGCCAGUACAUGAGGACCAGCGAGGCUAGGUUUCUGGUCGAAGCGUACGUUUUCUAUGAAGCAAUUUUGAAGAGGAGGUAUUUUGAAGGGUGUAAAGUGAAGGAUCUUGGCGUCCGGUUUAAGGAGUUGAGAUUUUACGCCCGGUUUUUACUGGUUUCGUUGAUUUUGAACCGGACCCAGAUGGUGAAAAUUGUCCUUGAAAAGCUUAGAGCUCUUGUCGACGAUUGCAAAGCUAAUUUCCAGGGAACAAACUUUAAAGAAUGGAAGCUAAUAGUGCAAGAAAUUGUCCGCUUUAUGAAUGUUGAUACAACUUUUACAAUUACAAGUGCUAGGCCAUUUCGGUACUGUGCUAUGCUUGACUGUCAUCCAAAUUCUGUUGCCUAUAUGGCUCGAUUCCAUGCAAAGAAGGUUCUAAAGUUUCGAGAUGCAAUCCUGAUGAGUUAUCAUCGGAAUGAGGUAAAAUUUGCAGAACUUACUUUGGAUGCAUACAGAAUGCUGCAAUGUUUGGAAUGGGAGCCUAGUGGAUCAUUUUACCAAAACCAUCCAGCUGAACCUAAGGAGAAUGGUGUUGCAGUUGAUUAUUCUGGAGCUUCUGGAGUAAUAGAUAUGAAUUUGGCUGCAGACAUGACAGAUCCAACUUUACCUCCAAAUCCUAGGAAAGCUAUCCUCUAUCGACCGUCUGUAACACAUUUGAUAGCAGUUAUGGCAACAAUUAUUGAGGAGCUCCCUCCUGAGAGCGUUAUGCUAGUCUAUCUAUCAGCCUCAGGGAAGCCUGGUCAUAUUAAUGCCUCUCAGUUAGAAACUUCAGUAGGAUCUAGGCGAACAACAAAAAACAAGCUUGCUUCUCACAAUUCCAUAGAACAUAAUAGCUCUGCACCUGAAUCCCACGUUAAUGGCAAGAAAGGGUCUAAUGACUACUAUGAUGAUUAUCUGUGGUUAGGUCCUAAAUCGAAUGGUGGUUCAAGUAACCUCUAUCCUGGUGAUAUAAUUCCUUUCACCCGACGACCUAUUUUCUUGAUCAUCGAUAGUGAUAACAGCCAUGCAUUCAAGGUCUUGCAUGGUGCAGAGAGGGGAGAGAAAGCUGCCUUACUGCUUUCACCAGUGAGACCAAUGUUCAAGGACCCAUCUAGUGCUGAUAUUGCUCAGAAUGGAAGUCAAUUUACCUUUUUCUUGACUGCUCCUCUACAAGCAUUCUGCCAAAUGGUUGGCUUCUCCCUGUCUGAUAGUGAUAUGGAAGUUCUAAAUAGUGCUGAAAACGUACUUUCCACUGCUUUCUCCAAGUGGGAAGUAAUUCUCUGCAAAUCACCUGGCCUAGAUCUGGUUUGGGCACAAGUUUUAUCUGAUCCUUUUUUAAGGCGGCUUAUUGUUAGAUUCGUAUUCUGUCGAGCUGUGCUCUCUGCCUUCUGCCCUCCAGAAGGGAGUGAUCAAUGUCUUCCUCUAUGCCUACCACAACUCCCUAAUUCUCUCUCUCCAAAGUCUGAUGUUGUGCAGUCUUCUGUCAGCCAGCUUGCAGAUCACCUGAAAGUUGCCGACUGCUUUCACUUUGAAAACACAAAAAUAGGACCAUAGUCAAUCAAGUCUGUAAUAUAACAUUAUGGCUUUCCGGUAGGAAGUUUCAUUCAAUAUAGAUUUAAUGUUACAGUAGCUCCUGGAAUGUCACCACCAGUUGGCUUUUCUGGGCACUCAAAAGGUAUACGAUUGCUGUGUGGGGCUCAAGCCAGCAUUGUCGAGGGUAUUUGAUCGAGCAUGCUUGCUUCAGCUUCUUAUAUAGAACUGUGUCAAACUUUAUGGCGGUUUGCUACACUGAAGAUGGGUGCUUGAUAACUUGCAAGGUGUGUGAACAUAGCUGGGUAGAGUCUUUCGGAGCCCAUUGAUGUAAAGGUUAUCGCUGUCAUGCAUGUCAGAGCCUUUUCUGAUUAGUUUUCUUUUCCUUUUUUUUGGGUAACUUUGAAAAAGAAAAAUGAGGUAGGCUGGUGGGAUUCAUUUUUUUCUUACCCCUUUGAUCAGCUUGAUUUACAUAUAUUCUUAAAAAAACGAAAAGUUCAUGAAGAGUUAGCUUGUAAAUUGAAUAUAGGUAAUUGAGGAAUCCUAUAAAUACAUGUAAUUAUAAUGCUUUUUUUUUUUUAUGUAGUUGGACUUAGCAUUGUCUUCACAAUCAAUCAAAUCAAAUCUAAAUAAUUUCAUGAUCUGUUUCGGUGAGACCAUCCUUAUUCUUCUGUGGGACAUAUAACCAUAACGCAUAAGUUAUCGA